AUGCAGUCGUCCAACACGGCGGAGAGUGGCGGGCUCAACUUUGUCUUUGAAUCCGGCUCUUCUGGACGCGAAAACAAAAAGUAUGUCAGGUCGCACGCUGCAAAGGUUGGCUGGUCGCAGAGGAGCAGGAAGCAGGCACAGGCUGGCCCCAAGGACGUCGACGUCGCCGUAGNNCCAAAGACAACCCGACGCCCAGGAAGCGUCGCAAGACGACUGCUGCACACUCCGAACAACAACCACAACACCAGAAAACCACUGCUUGCUCGCCUCCGCCCCAACACUUUGNUGAAUAGACCUGUCCACUAUCAAGCUGAAGCCGGAGCUGGAGCGACAUCUGGAGCUGCGAUUGAAGCCUCGAGAAGUUCCCCAUCGAAAGCCACACAGCUCCCGCCACAACCACAUGCCCUCAAUCGACAUGGUCACUUUGCUGCAUACUCGGCUUCGCAAGCGCCCACUCCUGCCAUUCUAGCUCCUACAUAUGCCUCUGCUCCAAUUCCCUCCCCAGCGCCGUCUCACCACUUUCAUCAUCCAGGCCAACCCGCUUCCGUACGAGUUCACGAUGUGGAAACGAGCCCUCCAGUCCGAGUAGCCACAACUGCUGCUCCAACCUAUCCCUCCACCCAAGGUGUCUCUCAAUGGCACACGAGGGCCGAGCCUGUCCAUUAUGACUCGGUCGCACAGCAAUCUCAUGUGCCGCUGUUUCGGCCAGCCGCAUCGCCAGUGACAAUGCACCCGCCACAGGCCAUGCCCGGAGCCGACAUCCUUCAUCCUGUACCACCAGCCAACCGCUCCAACAUGCUCGUCCAACUCGACGAGAUCCUCACAGGCUGGACAGUAGACCAAAAGCUAGAAUUCAACCAAAUGCCACUGCGCCUCGCCGGCUCGGAGCCCUGUCUCUUCUACUCUCUCCUCGCUACCGCCUCCAUCAUGAUGCCUCCAGGUCUCAUUACGCCGACCAUCCCACGCUGGCUACAAAAUCGUACAGUCGAAUGCCUCAACCAAGCCUUCGCAGACCCCAAACGCGCAUACAGUGACGCCACAAUCCUGACGCUGAACAUGGUAGCCCUCUUCGAAUCCUGCAGUGGCCACGCUUCCGUCGCCGCUUCCACCCAUCAACCCGUUCUGCGGCGUAUGGUCGACGAGCGCGGUGGAUUGACCGGACUUGCCAGAAACGACAACGAAGACUCGAAAAACUUGGUCAGGUUCCUGGCUUGGACGGAUAGGGUUAUCAGGUGUCAGACCGGCAAUCCACUCAUGUUUGAAGACUUUAGAGAAGAGGAGAGUGUGCAGAAGACGGAUUGGGAAGGCAUCUGGGCGAGGAUGGAGAGGAGGGUUGAGGAGAAUAGGCCGCAGCCUAUUGAAGAGUUGCCUGAUUGCUAA